AGUGAAGGGCUGGCCUGGGGGGCCGGGUGUUUUAUUGGGGGGGUUGAGAUAAUCGAUACGGAGAUUAACCGCAGGAACGUGCCGGUGGUCAGAGGUGUCUCACCUGGACACUGAACCGGAGUCAGCGCACCACGCGAUGGGUCCGCUGCUGUAUCUCGGAGGCCUGGUCGCGCUGCUCCUGCUGUGGAUCAGAGUCAAGGGCCUAGACUACGUGAUCGUUCACCAGAGGUGGAUCUUCGUGUGUCUGUUCCUGCUGCCGCUCUCCGUCGUGUUCGACGUGUACUACUACGUGCGGGCAUGGCUCAUAUUCAAGAUGUGCUCUGCGCCCAAGAUGCACGACCAGCGCGUGCGCGACAUCCAGCGACAGGUGCGUGAGUGGAGAAAGGACGGGGGUAAGACCUACAUGUGCACUGGUCGACCCGGCUGGCUCACCGUGUCUCUCCGAGUGGGGAAAUACAAGAAAACCCACAAAAACAUCAUGAUCAAUAUGAUGGACAUUCUGGAGGUGGACACAGAGAGGCAGGUGGUGAGAGUUGAGCCGCUCGCCAACAUGGGCCAAAUAACUGCUCUCCUCAAUUCUAUUGGCUGGACACUGCCGGUGCUGCCUGAGCUGGAUGAUCUCACAGUGGGUGGUUUGGUGAUGGGCACUGGCAUCGAGUCGUCCUCUCAUAUUUACGGCCUGUUUCAGCACAUCUGUGUUGCAUACGAACUGGUCCUGGCUGAUGGCAGUUUAGUACGCUGCACUGAGGAGGAAAACUCUGACCUGUUCCAUGCCGUCCCCUGGUCCUGUGGUACUCUGGGAUUCCUGGUUGCAGCCGAGAUUAAAAUAGUGCCCGCGAAGUCGUGGGUGAAGCUGCAGUAUGAGCCGGUCAGGGGGCUGGAGAACAUCUGUAGACGUUUCACUGAAGCAUCGCAGAACAAGCAGAACACAUUUGUGGAGGGCCUCCAGUACAGUCUGGACACCGCUGUCAUCAUGACGGGAACCAUGACUGACCAUGCGGAGCCUGAUAAGAUCAACAGGAUCGGCCUGCACUUCAAACCCUGGUUCUUUAAACACGUGGAGGGCUACCUGAACGGAGACAGUACUGGUGUAGAGUACAUCCCUCUGAGACAGUACUACCACAGACACACACGCAGCAUCUUCUGGGAGCUUCAGGACAUCAUCCCAUUUGGCAACAACCCGGUCUUCCGCUGGCUUUUUGGAUGGAUGGUUCCGCCUAAGAUCUCGCUGCUGAAGCUCACGCAGGGAGAGACCAUCAGACGACUUUACGAACAGCACCACGUUGUCCAGGACAUGCUGGUUCCCAUGAAGAAUCUGCAGGCCGCUCUCACACACUUUCACCAGAACAUCAGUGUUUACCCUCUGUGGCUGUGUCCAUUCCUGUUGCCAUCAGGCAGAGGGAUGGUUCAUCCCAAAGGUCAAGAGGCGGAGCUGUAUGUGGACAUUGGGGCUUACGGAGAGCCCAAAGUCAAACACUUUGAAGCCAAAGCAUCAUCACGUCGGCUGGAGAAGUUUGUGAGGGACGUGCACGGUUUCCAGAUGUUGUAUGCAGAUGUGUACAUGGACCGAGAGGAGUUCUGGGAGAUGUUCGAUGGGCGACUGUACCACAGACUGAGGGAAGAACUGGGCUGUAAGGAGGCCUUUCCUGAAGUUUACGACAAAAUUUGUAAAUCUGCGCGUCACUGACCCCUGACCUCAUCUCAGCUGUGUGUCCCGCUUACAGAGAGGCGCUGUCUGCGACUCACGCCUGGACACAGAUAUUUGUUGUGGGACGUUUCUCCUAAAAACAAAAAAAUAUGUUAUAAGAUACAUCUCUAUGGGGGAAUUCAGCUUCGAAACACAAAGUGAAACAAGCUAAAAAGCAUACUUUUGGCAACCAGACUGUGCCUUGAGAGGGCUCUCCUAUCACCGCGAAACAGGAGCACAAGUACAAGUUCUCUUUUUACAAUGUCUGUACACCGUUAUUUGACAUUCAUGGAACUGAUUUCAUGUGCAGCUUGACUAAAAACUUCACGUGUAACGUGUUGCGAGCAUAUUGCACCGAAAGUUUUUUCUCUUUCAAAAAGAAAAGUGUUACUCAACUUAACCUGUUAAAGUGACUACGGGACAAUGUUGUUGUUUUUUUUCUUGUCAAUCUCAGAGAAGAAAACAACAAACAUGUAUUCUACUAUUUUGAUAUCCAAAUGAGGAAACUAUCACAUGGCCUUUAUAAGGGUUGGUUGCAAGGCUGAAAUAAAAAGAACUCUAUUCUGCAGUCAUACA